AUGGUUCCAUUCAUUGUGUCUAGGUUGUAUGGGAGCGAUAUUGCUGUUUUCUUUAAGAUGAGAGUUGUAGGUGUUCAUCAUACAUUUCAGUUUGAUACCAAGCAGGGAGAAGAAAUACGUGUUGCUCUUCAAACGCAUAUAAAUGAUGUCAUGUUACGCCUUAAACCUCCUAACGUGGAAGUGCAUGAGAAACGUAUUCAGGAUUUGUCUAAAGCUCUAGAAGAAUCUCAAAGGAAUGUUAAUCAAAUUGAUGUUCAUAAGCAAAAGCAAGAAGUAAAACUGCAAGAAGAGCUAGAGGAAUUGAAAGAAUCCUUGAGAUCUGACAAGCAAAACCUAGCAAAAGUUACUUGCAAUCAUGGCACACCUAUAAAGAAGCAGAUUAUUGAAACAGUAUCAUUGGAAGAAAUGAUAUCUAGACUUGAAAAGAAGAAAGCUGAUGAGAAAGAUUUUCCUGAGAAAAGCUUUGAGCAAAAAUGUAAAGUCUUAAAGUUUCAAGUUCUUGAACUUGUAAAGAAGCUUGAAGGGGUCACACAAGAGUUGGUUGUUGUUGAGUCAACUCUUGCUGUUAGGAACUGUGAUUUGGCUUCAUUACAAAAUAAUCUAAAGGAAUUAGAGGAAUUGAGAGAAGUGAAAGAAGACAUGGAUAGAAAGAAUGAGCAAACUGCUGCCAUUUUGAAGAUGCAAGGGGCUCAACUUGCUGAGUUGGAAGUCCUUUAUAAGGAGGAACAAGUUUUAAGAAAGCGUUAUUCUAAUACUAUUGAAGAUAUGAAAGGCAAGAUCCGAGUUUUUUGUCGAUUAAGACCUCUUAAUGAGAAAGAGAUUGCUGAAAAAGAAAGAGAUGUACUUACAAGUCUUGAUGAGUUUACAGUUGAACAUCCGUGGAAAGAUGAUAAAGCCAAGCAGCAUAUAUACGAUCAUGUAUUUUAUGGAAGUGCUACUCAAAAAGACGUGUUUGAGGAUACAAGGUAUUUGGUGCAAUCUGCUGUGGAUGGGUAUAAUGUGUGCAUAUUUGCUUGUGGUCAAACUGGUUCUGGAAAGACAUUUACAAUAUAUGGAUCUGAAAACAAUCCUGGAGUUACUCCUCGAGCUAUGACAGAACUAUUUAAAAUUAUAAGACGAGAUGGCAACAAAUUCUCAUUUUCAUUGAAGGCAUAUAUGGUAGAGUUUUACCAAGAUACACUUAUAGAUAUGCUUUCACCAAAAAAUGCUCAACGCUUUAGAUUGAAUAUUAAGAAAUAUUUAAAGACUCCUAAAAUGGAUAUAAAUGAAUUUAAUUGA